AUGGCUAGUAGUAGUACGACGUCGCCGGAAGGCUGCCUGCAAAUCUGCCAGGCGCUUCUUGAACAGCAUUCUGGGAACCCAGAGACAUCCACGCUCAUCAAGAACGCUCUCUCUUGGCUCACGGUUACCAGGAGGCCGCUUCGACCCUCUGAGCUAUGGCUGGCCAUACACAUACCGCACUUGAUGGCCACCUCCGGCUCCGGCCCCAGCUUCGACGAGGUCCAGGUGGCAGUCACGAACCCUACCUGGUGCGACGAUGAUGCAGCCGCCGAGCAUCUCAACCAGCUCCUCGGCCGUGCAGUCAAGAUGGACGCCGGCGGCGGCGGCGGCCGUCGAGUCACCCUGGCGAGCCCGGAGCUCGGGGAAUGGCUGUACUCCGGAGCCGAGGAUGUCCCCGACUCCUUGGCCCUCCUGGCGGCCAAGAAGCAGGACGCGCACUCUCUCGUGGCGCAGAACUGUGUGGCGAUAUGCGCCGCCAGCACGGGGAGCCUGGGCAACACCCACGAGCCGUCGGCGUCGAGACUCGUGGGGUAUGCCUGGAAGUACUGGGCGUGGCACGCCAAGGAGUCUGGCUGGUGUUUCGAGCCCGGGCAUGCCAUGUCGGAGCUCGUGGACGGCAGUUUCCAGAGGAUAUUGACGGAUCUGCAACGGCCGCUUCUGGUGUUGGGGCAGAAGCUGACUGGCUCGCUGAAGGUGCCCAACAACAAUAACGACGACGACGACGACGACUACGAUGUCAUAUCGGCCGUGCUGAAGGUGAAGCGAGCGCAGGAGGCCCUGCAACGGAGCAUAGCGCUCUCCUCUGUCCUGGCCACUCUCCCGCGUGCCGUGCUGAGUGAACGUCUCCGGCUGGCGCACGUCAUCUACGAGAACAACGCGCACCCGGACAGAAGCGCGGCCCUCGCCGACAAGGGGUUCCCGGAGCUGGGCGCGCUGGCCGGAGCGGCGCCGCACCCGCGGUCCAAGGUCGAGCGGCUCGAGAUCGACGUGCUGCUGGUCGGCGGGAACAACGUCUUUGGCCCCUCGGAGAGGCAGCUCGUCAAUGGCCUCGCCGUGCUGGCGAGGGCCUUGAGGAAGCUGACCGCCAGUCUUGCGGACUUGAGUGUCCUGCUGGCAGAGGAACUCCCGUUGCGAGAGGGGAGUGGAGACCAGUCAGUGAUGGACAUGAUGUAUCAUGUGGGCAAUUAUGUGCAGGCGGUGGUGUACUAUCCGUUCCGGCACAUCUCGAUGUACUCCCCUGACGAGAAUCCGUUUGCAGUUCCGGAAACGACGGAUGAGUUCCACCAUGCUGCCAAGUUGGUGUUGGGGGCUGUCCGGCAGGAUGAUGGCGAGGAAGACUUGAGGACGUCGCGGGAGGGUGCAGGCCUAGCUGAUGCCAUGACUGCGUGGCACCUGGAAUCGCCUCAUCGGUGGUAUACUGCGAGAUUUCUGAAGCGAUGGGGUGUUCUGCGGGUCGGCGACAAGCUGGGCUAUCUCAACAACAGCCCGCCCCUCUCAGAGGCUCAGCUGCCGGGUUGCUCACCAGGGGAGAUCCAGAACAUUCCUGGGCUGGUGGCAGAAAUGGACUUCUGGCACAUACAAUUCCCUGGCUUGUUCAAGACUCUGUCCCAGCAGGUCUACCGGCCUGUUGCGAGACUUCUGGAAAGCUCAAACGUGGUCUCUUCGGUCGACGCCUGGUGCGGCCGCGUUCUCACAGGAAUCCCCUUCCCACCAUGGCUCGAGAUCAAGAAAGGCUUCCUCCGUCACGGCACCGGCCACCUGCUCCUCAUGCUCCUCCCCGCCGUCCUCCUCUACAGGCUCCGCUGCGCCCUCGUCCCUUGGUUUGGAAGCGUACUGGUCUACGACGCGCCCCUUGGCAACAUCCGCCUCGCGUUUACCGACCCGCUCGGGCUGAUCGCCAAACAUCUCGCCCCGAGCUGGCCGUAUAUCAUAUUCUCCUGGCUUACCAAGCUCGGCGGCGACGACUCGGCAUACGCCAUCCCGAUGUUCUUCACGACCUAUAGCCCCGAUGCUCCCGGCAGGAUCCCGAUGCCGACAGCGCAGCUGGUCUACGGCAAACCCCGAGCGUUGGCCGUCAUGGAGCUGAGCUACACGGUGCUCAAGACGAUGUAUCUGUGCUACGCGCUCGUCAUGCUCGAGUACAAGUUCACGCAGGCCACGGGAUUCGUGGCCGUGUUCGUGGCGUACCUGCGUGUCCUCGUUCUGCCUGGGUCAGGAUCACGGCCAGGGUCAGCGGACCGGGAGGGUGGAGGCAUCGCGGCGCUGGGGCUGCUGCUGCUCGAACACUGGGACAAAGUGCCCCUGCACUGGUGGCUGAUGCUGUCCAACGCACAGCACUACAUCGUGAGCUGGGUGGCGCAUUUCGUCGUCCCGCUCGUCCGGGGUGACAGGGAGCUGGUGAUCGUGACGAGCUGCCUUCUUCCCGUGGUCCUGGGCUGGGCCCUCUCGCCUGAGGAGACGCUACACUGGUUGAGGCAGGCCACUUGGGUUUUGCUGGGUGUAGCCCUGCUUUUCGGGGUGAUGGCUUGUCUGGUGAGAAUUGUCAUUGAUCCACUGGGUGUUGGCGAGAGCACUGCUGCUUUGAGGAGGACUAUGAUGGGUGCGAGGCGGAGACAGGCCGACCUUGGCGGGCAAGACGCGAGCGCUGUACAGGACGGCGGCUCGGUAGCGACGACUGCGAAGGACGCUGAUCUAGGACGCUUGUAA